AAUAACUUGCUGCCAAGAUAUCAGUACCCACUUGGAACAACAGACACAGCAGUGUCAGCCUGGACGACCUCACCCUCCCCGACGACCUCAUUGUCAAGUGGCCUCACCCACAGCAGCCAACUUCAGCCGCACUUGGAGUCAAAUAUGUCAGCGUGUGAAAAUCAUGACCCAUUGCUGAGUGCUGGAAGUAAGACCAGAGACAUAAACAGCACUUAUGUUAUCUCUGCCUGCAAGAAAACAAGAGAGACGCCCGUUACCCCCGACCCCAGUAGACUGACCCUUCAGAGAAGGGCUACGUGGAACAAAGAGUCAUCUUUACUUGGUAGUGAACUGGGAGACACGACUAGAAAAACAGCAGACACUAGUCUUAGGUUACAACGUCGGCAUGCCAAAACAGAUUCUGUGGGGAAGCUGGAAACAACAUACACUGUGGGACGUAACACAGAAAAUAAGUGUGCUUCACAGGACACGAGGAUAAAAGCAGAGCUUGUGAAGAAUGACCCUUCUGUCAGGUCGCCUGUAGUUUCCAAGGGGGACUCAAAUGACGUUGGAGUGAUGGUUGGUGAGAAACACAGAGACGCAUUUCCUGCCCCCCGUCCAGCAGAUGAAAGGGGGACAGUUAAGAACUCACACAGUAGAGUGCCGCCCAUCGGUUCCCAGUGUCAAACUGGCAUCGUGAGAUCGGGUCACCUCACUGCGAAACUGACUGAGAGCAACCUGGAUACCCAAGUGUCAGGAGCGGGAAACUCGCACCGUGGAAACACCGGGAAGGACAUUGCAAAAAAUGUCAGUAGAUUUGGAAGCUUAGAAACAAGGACCCCUGUGCAGGGUGUUCCAGAACACAGAUUGGCACCAAGGCGUGACCUGCCUCCACCUAAAAGCCCGGCGGUAACAACACUGAGGAACAGGAUGGUAAGCCCUCAAGUGAAACACAGGCCGAAAAGUUCUCUGCUUGCAAAUAAAAGGGAACGAUCACAAGAAAGGACACUCCCCCCAGAAGAGAGAUCUGCAGUUCAGAACACCUUUACAGAAGCAGACUCUUUAAAAGUAGAGAAUAGUCAGGUGACGGUGGCUGUGCGCGUAAGGCCUUUCAGCAAACGAGAGAAGAUGGAGAAAGCAUCCCAGGUUGUCUUCAGGAGCGGGGAGGAAAUAACCGUGGAGCAUCCCGAGAUGAAACAAACGUACACUUUUGUCUACGAUGUUUCAUUUUGGUCCUUUGACGAUUCUCACCCUGGCUAUGCCAGCCAGACGACCGUGUAUAACACGCUGGCAGCACCACUCCUGCAAAGAGCUUUGGAAGGCUACAACACGUGCCUCUUCGCUUACGGCCAGACUGGCUCUGGAAAGUCCUAUACGAUGAUGGGACUUAAUGAAGAACCAGGAAUAAUUCCGAGAUUUUGUGAAGAUCUUUUUGCUCAAGUCGCCAAAAGACAAACCUCGGAGGUCAGCUUCCAUCUUGAAAUGAGUUUCUUUGAAGUUUAUAAUGAGAAGAUUCACGACCUUCUGGUUUGCAAAGGUGAAAAUGGGCAGAGAAAACAACCACUGAGAGUGAGGGAGCAUCCUGUUUCUGGACCGUAUGUUGAGGCUCUGUCAAUGAAUGUUGUCAGUUCUUACUCUGAUAUUCAGAGUUGGCUGGCACUGGGCAACAAGCAGAGGGCGACCGCGGCUACCGGCAUGAACGAUAAAAGCUCCCGGUCCCACUCAGUUUUCACCCUGGUGAUGACCCAGACCAAGACAGAAUUGGUGGAAGGGGAGGAGCACGAUCACCGAAUCACAAGCCGCAUAAACCUAAUAGAUCUGGCUGGCAGUGAGCGCUGCUCUACAGCCCACACGAGUGGGGAGCGGCUGAAGGAAGGUGUGAGCAUUAACAAGUCCUUGCUCACCCUGGGGAAGGUCAUAUCUGCACUCUCUGAGCAAGCAGGAGGAAGGAGGGUUUUUAUUCCAUACCGUGAAUCCGUUCUUACAUGGCUAUUGAAAGAAAGCCUGGGUGGAAAUUCAAAAACAGCAAUGAUUGCUACUGUCAGUCCUGCGGCCAGCAACAUAGAGGAGACGCUGAGCACACUUAGAUACGCCACCCAAGCCCGCCUGAUAGUCAAUAUCGCCAAAGUCAACGAAGAUAUGAACGCAAAGUUAAUUAGAGAAUUGAAAGCAGAAAUUGAAAAGUUAAAAGCUGCUCAGAGAAACAACCGGAAUAUUGACCCUGAACGGUACAGACUCUGUCGACAAGAGAUAACAUCCUUAAGGAUGAAGCUGCAUCAGCAGGAGAGAGACAUGGCAGAAAUGCAAAGGGUGUGGAAAGAGAAGUUUGAACAAGCUGAGAAAAGAAAACUUCAAGAGACAAAGGAGUUACAGAAAGCAGGAGUUACGUUUCAAAUGGACAACCAUUUGCCGAACCUCGUUAACCUCAACGAGGACCCACAGUUGUCAGAGAUGCUGCUCUACAUGGUAAAAGAAGGUGUAACCACCGUCGGGAAGUACAAGCCAAGCUCAAGCCACGACAUCCAGUUAUCCGGAGUGCUGAUUGCGGACGACCACUGUACUAUCAGAAAUUUUGGAGGAACAGUGAGUAUUAUCCCAGCUGGAGAAGCAAAGACAUAUGUAAAUGGGAUGCACAUUUCGGAACCCACAGUACUACAUCAUGGUGAUCGGGUGAUUCUUGGUGGAGAUCAUUAUUUUAGAUUUAAUCAUCCAGUUGAAGUCAAGAAAGGAAUAAGGCCAUCCAGUAGACAGACUCUCACAAGCGAAGGUCCAAAAGACUUUGAGUUUGCCAAAAAUGAGUUACUUACGGCCCAGAGAUCACAGCUUGAAGCAGAAAUAAAAGACGCCCAGUUGAAGGCGAAGGAAGAGAUGAUGCAGGGAAUUCAGAUUGCGAAAGAAAUGGCUCAGCAAGAGCUUGCUUCCCAGAGAGCCACGUAUGAGAGCAGGAUCCGCGCCCUGGAGGCAGAGCUGAGGGAAGAGUCUCAGAGGAAGAAAAUGGAGGAAAUAAAUAAGCAAAAAGCUAAUGACAAAAUUGAGGAGUUGGAAAAGGCAAAGCAGCAUCUGGAGCAGGAAGUGUACGUGAACAAAAGGCGGCUGGAGAUGGAGACUUUGGCCACAAAGCAGGCUUUAGAAGACCAUAGCAUCCGCCAUGCAAAAAUCUUAGAAGCUUUAGAAAUUGAAAAGCAAAAAAUCGCUAAAGAAGUACAAAUUCUUCAGGAGAACCGGGGAAAUAGGGAUAAAACUUUUACAGUUCAGCCAAAUUGGAGCUCCAUGAAACUCUCCAUGAUGAUCCAGGAAGCCAAUGCCAUCAGUGACAAAUUUAAAAAAUAUUAUGUUUUUGGCAGACAUGAUACAUCCGACAGAGGCCGCUCUGAUACCUCGGUUCGAGUUCGUAACCUGCAGCUUGGGAUCUCAACUUUCUGGAGUCUGGAAAAGUUUGAAUCUAAACUUGCAGCAAUGAAAGAGCUUUAUGAGAGUGACGGUGGUAACAGGACUGAGGAUGUCUUUUGUGAUCCUGAAGACGAGUGGGAGCCGGACAUUACAAGCACGCCAGUUUCCUCCCUUUCUAGAAGGAGGAGCAGAAGUUUGAUGAAGAAUGGGAGAAUUUCUGGUUGUUUGCAUGACAUACAGGUCCAUCCGAUUCAGAAUCUGCAUUCUUCACACUCGUCAGGUUUAAUGGAAAAAUCAAGCACCAUUUACUCAAAUUCUUCAGAAUCAUUUCUUCGAAUUUGCAAAGAAUUGAUUGGUUCGUCAAUAGACUUUCUUGGACAGAGUUAUGAGGAAGAGAAGACUAUAGCAGAUAGCCUGAUCAAUAACCUUGUUAAGCUUUACAAUGGGCUGUUUGCCAUUUCCAGCCAUGAAGAGCAGGAUGAAGAAAGCCAAAAUAACCUGUUCUCCUCUGACCGGGCAGCACAGGCCUUCACCGUCCAGAUUGCUUGUGCCUUUGAGCAGCUUGUGGUUUUGUUCAAACACUGGCUGGAUGAUUUUCCUCCUGGUCCCAGCUCAGCGAGGCUUGAAGAUGAAUUGAGACAAGAUAUUAAAAAACUGGGAGGCUAUUUACAAUUGUUUUUGCAGGGGUGCUGUUCGGAUAUUUCAUCAAUGGUACGAGAGGCUCAAAACAAAGUCGUCCAGAUAAUGGAGCAGGCUGUUCAGUGUGUGGGUCAGCUAGCUGUUCUAAAAGGGAGCAAGCUCUGUUUUCUGGAAAACGGCGACAAGAUUUCCAGUACCCAGGCAUUCACAGCUGCCCUCCAGGAUGGCAUAGUCUCAGGGAUGAGGGGUCUCUUAGACUCUGGGCUGGAGAAAGCACGGGACCUCAAGCGAGACCUCUCCAGGCAGAGUGCACAUGAGGAGGUUACCAAGAGGAUGAAGGCUAAUGCUGUGGAACUGGUCAGCUCUCUUGAAAACAUCUUUGCUGAAUGGAGACUAAAAGGCUUCAGAACUCAAGUACAAGAAGGUUCUAGACAACAAGGUCCCAAGAUGCUAACUCUUGCAUCAGAAUUCUUGAAGUUACAAUACUGCUUGGAGAAAACUAUUGAGAUUAUUACAUCCGCACUGAGAGGGUGCCCCGGUGACCUGCAUUGUCUCAGAAGCUGCACUGAAACCAUCUGCAGCCUGGUGCGCAAGCUUCACAGUGACUUCCUUGGGCCUGCUGCUUCUGAUGGCCGCGGUGGGAGUAAACUCCCUGAUCACGGGGAGCUAGCGUCUCUAGCUAGGUCGCUCCUCAUCUGCUUUGAACGCGGAGAAAGACCUGGUUUGUUGAAAUCCCAGGGAUCUUGUCAUCAGAAUAGCAAGGAAGAGCAGUGUGAGUUCACCAGCGGGGCUGACUGCAGUGGAGGCGUGCUGACACGUGCUUGUGGACUACACGGAGACACAGCCCCAGCAGUGCCCUCACAGGCCUGCACCCCCAGUAGGAUCCAGUGGGUGUGAAGCCAUUGCACAGGCACUUGGUGACCGUCCAUGACCAAAAAGAACACUUGGUGACGCUCUUCCUCACCCAGGAGGACCUGAAAGGAAAUGUGUGUAAAUGUUUAGAGUCCGUGUCUACACAGAGCCUCCUGUCGGGUGUGGAUAUUACAAACAUAUGGAGUCCUGGUUUCAGGACGCCUCAGUGUGUGCCCAGAAUUUUCUAAGCAGAUGGUUUUUAAACAAGGAGUUUACCAUGUUGGAACACUGGCAUCAGAAUGAAAUCGGGAGGGUCUCAGGACCACGCGAGUGACCAUGUCUCCAGUUUCUCGUUGCCUUGAAUUUUAAAUGCUUACCUUGAACACUGUCUCUACCUGGUUCAUUAGUCUGUUUGCAGAUGGGGAUUUUCUCGUGAAUGGAAAUCUGAACAACUGGUUACUUUGGGCCUGUGCAUUCCCUCCCCCAAAUAUAGCAUAUGGGAUUAGGUUUAUGUGAAAUUCCCAGCACAAGUUUAACUAAGGCAGCUUACUACAACUCUGUCGAAUGGUUAACUGUUUGCCAUCUUCAGUAAUGUGUAACUUGUUUCUUUUCAAA